CCACGAUGCAUUCGACUAAGUCAGCGCUGCUCCUGCUCGCUCUGGCCAUCAGCGCCAGCUGUGUGGUGGCCACACCGCAUCCUGAACUAGAGCUAUUGGAUGGUAUCAUUGAGGCCAUCAACAAGACCGGCCAGGGUAUCAUAAGUGGAUUUGUGAAUGCCACCCAGAAUGGAACGGCCAUAGCCGAGGAGUUCCUGGACAAGCUGAAGAACUCGACUGCCCAGUAUACCCAUGAAACAUUGGAGUAUGCUCAGAAAAUCGCUGAUGCCAUUCACCAGGCCGCCGCCGAGGGAAUUACGGAUUUCUCCGCCGCUUUACGGUCAGCCAUCGCUGAGCUUCAUAGCCAGAUCGAUCGAAUCAGAAACGUAUUACAGCGAAAGGCCUUGAAAGAUGCGUUGGCCAAACUCCAGGAGAUAGAUGCAGCCACUACGGAUCUUGAGACUGCUGUAAAGAACCUCAAUGAUCGGCUGAACGAAAAGAAGCAACAGUAUUCCGCCGAAAUUCAAGAAAAGUGGAGCAACUGGGCUGCCGCUCAAUUGGAGCGAGUAGAUCAGCAGACCAAUGGCGUUGGCAACGAGGAGGCCGAAGAGAUCUUAGAUGAGUUGGUUAGCCGAUAUUCCGGAUAUUUGCACAGCUGCCUGGAGGAGUUGCAGGUGCGACAGGCCACGUAUGAGCAAAAUGUCCAGCAAGCCAUUGCCAAGUACCACAAUGCCACCAACAAUCUUACCGCUCAAGUUGAGCUCUGUGUCAAGUCCAAUUUAAACUACAUCUCCUGUCGCAAUGGCAUCGAUAAGGCUCUGCAAGGACUCGCCUCCGCUCCCGAGGAUCUACUGAGAUUGAGGGUCCAGGGUAUCCAACUUUUGGCCGCUGGCCUGGAUGCUAGCGGAUGUGUGGGCCAGACCCUGGCCGAGCACGAGCUUGAGAAGCCCAGUGUGGAGCAAAAGCUGGAUGAGAUAAUCAGGCGGUACCUGGAACAGCGUGAUUCCACCGAUGACGACUCAAGCUCUGACGAGGAGACGACCACCGAAGAUGGCUCUGGAUCAAAGGAGUCAUCAAGCUCGGAAGGCGACUCCAGUAAUGAUGAUGAUUCUGACAAUGAUAACGACUCCUCGUAGGCAUAAUCACAAAAUCGUAUUUAAGUAAUAGGGUGUGGAAUAAGAGCAACAUAAUAAAUUAUUUUUAAAGCAACAAGAAAAA